AAUCCAUCUGGAGCCCACUGAUCUCUCUCUCUCUCUGUUGCACUGUAACCGGAGUUCACAAAUUCACCCGAGAGCUCCACUGUGCGCCAAUGGCGGGAGAGACGUCUCCUGAUGGGCACGACAAGGUCAUCGCAGCCGCUCAUCACAUAGUAAAUUCGCUCGCCAUCUCUUCAGACGCCGCCGAGGACAUGAUGCGCAUUUUCUCUGGAUUCGACAAUCGCCUCUCCGGUAUCUUCCCCUGCUCGGGCGCGGGCAAUCCCGAGCCAUCUGAUGAAUCUUUCCUCGCUUCCACUGAGAAAGUUCUCCGUCGUCCAGAUGACUCCAGCAUUGAGUUCAUUUGGGAAGAUAACAGCGCCGUUUUUCUCUCCGCUGUCGACGACGCAAUCUCUCUCUCCACUUCUUCAUCCUCCGCCGGCAUUCGAUCCCGCGCUGAGGUGCUGCUUCAGUAUGCCAUGUCGUACCUUGAGGACCAGUUCCGCCAUAUCAUGAUCCGGAAUGCCGCUCAACUUGACGUACGGAUUUCAGACGAUUAUAGCCCUAGUGUCUUCCUAUCUGAUGCUUUGGCCGACCUAAAGGAAAUUGCUGAUCGGAUGAUUUUAUCUGGGUAUGUAAAGGAACUGUGCCAGGUCUACUGCAGUGUCCGUCGCGAGAUUUUAGAUGAUUACAUCUAUGCUCUGGGAGUUGUUAGGUUAAGCAUUGAGGAUGUUCGGAGUAUGGAGUGCGGAACUCUUGAUGACAAGAUGAAGAAAUGGGCUAAUGCAUUGAGGUUGAUGUUAAGGAAGAUUCUCGUCCUUGAGAGGAAGCUCUGUGAUCAUGUCUUUGCUGGUGAUGAGGAGCUUAGAGAUGAAUGCUUUUUGGAGAGCACAAGAAGCUGCACUGUCCAAUUGCUCAACUUUGCGGAUGCUGUUGCCAUUAGUCAGCCUUCGCUUGAGAAACUGUUUGGAAUCCUUGAAAUGUAUGGUGCUCUCAAUAAUGUUAAGCCUGACUUGAGUUUUCUGUUCUCUGGCGACUCAGGGAAGCACAUACUUGAUGAGGCAGAUGGUGUUCUAAAGAAUCUGCAAGUAAUUGCUGUUCGAACUCUUUCACAGUUUGAGAAUGCUCUUCAGAAGAACUCUCGUGGUAAGCCACUUCAUUGUGGUGGGCUUCACGAUGUGACCAACUAUGUGAUGAAGUAUGUUGGAUUAUUGGUUGAUUAUCACAAUUUGCUUGAUUCUGUUCUUUGUGAAAACAGAGAGGUUAGUAGUGAUAAUCUCAAAUGUACAGAGGAGAUGUCACCAUUUGGUCAUUACUUGCAAAACUUGUUACUGAAUUUGGAUUUAGUCAUUGUUAAAGAUUCUAAGCUCUAUGAAAAUGAAGCACUGCAAUAUGUAUUUUUGAUGAAUAAUAUACUCUACAUUGCAAAGAAAGUUAAGGAUUCUGCCAUGAGGAGCUUGUUAGGAGAUCAGUGGGUCAAGAAGAUGCAGGGACAAGUUCGGCAUUAUUCUAUGAGAUAUCUCAGAGCUUCCUGGAUUAAGGCAUUGUCUUAUUUAAAAGGUGAAGAACUUGGGGGUAGUACUUAUAAUGCAUCAAAUGCUGUCAUAAAGGACAAGUUCAGGAACUUUAACUUGGCUUUUGAGGAAAUAUAUAGGACUCAGACUACUUGGAUAAUUCCAGAUCCACAGCUCCGGGAAGAACUGAGGAUAUCCAUAUCAGAGAAAGUCAUUCCAGCUUAUCGUGCUUUUUGGGGGAGGUAUGGAAGCCGGCUGGAGGGCUUGCGACAUGCAGCAAAGCAUGUUAAAUAUACUCCAGAGGACAUAGAGAACCAUUUGGUUAAUUUGUUUGAAGGAUCACAAGAACUUCCUAGUCAUCCAAGGAGAUGGUAAACUCUGGUGUGUGAUACAUGCAAGUUUACUUAUUAAUCCGUUUUAUCUAGAAUUUAAGCUAUGAACAUAAUUUUUAUACUAGUUUGUCAUCUUUUGCCUCAUUGCUCUUAGGUAAUUCCUAGCUGCAGGACUUACUAUUUUCUUUCAACAAUGAAUAUUGAUAUAUAUACUUAAACAAUGAGCUUGUUUGAUCGAAUUUAUCAAAUGGUUGCUUGUCUGUUUUGUGGAUGUUCGCAAAGUUAAAUGUUAUUUUGGAAAUAUUUGUAUU